UAAAACUAUAAAAGAAAACAAAAUACAAGAGUGUAAAAGUGUAAAGAAACAUUAAACAAAAAACUAAUAAAAUGUCAGAUAGUAUUAAAGUUGCCAUCAAGGUUAGACCUUUGAUUAAAAGAGAAAAAGAAGAAAAUCUCCCAAAACAAUGGAUAGUACAAGGAAAUUAUAUAGCGUCUACGGAUCAAGAGAUGAGGAAACGUGGAGAUGGUGGAUUUAAUUUUGAUCACAUCUUUGAUGAGACAACUUCAAAUAAAGAUGUAUUUGACACCGUCGUAAAACCUAUUGUUGAUGCAGCAGUAAAUGGUUUUAAUGGAACUGUUAUUGCAUAUGGUCAAACAAGUUCUGGAAAGACGUAUACUAUGAUGGGAGGUUUAAAUGAACCUGGAAUUAUAAUGUUAGCUAUUGAACACAUGUUCGAUGCCAUUGCUAAUACAUUAAGAAGAGAAUUUUUAUUAAGAGUAUCAUAUCUUGAAAUUUAUAAUGAAAAAGUUAAUGAUCUUUUAAAUAAAAGCGUAACAGAUUUAAAAUUGCACGAGGAUAAUGGACAAAUAGUUAUUAAAUGUAAAGAAGAAGUUACCAAUAGUCCUGAACAUGUUCUAUCGAUAAUGAAAAAAGGAAAUAAGAAUAGAAGAAUAGAAGAAACUGAUAUGAAUGAACGAAGUAGUAGAAGUCAUACAAUAUUUCGCAUUACUAUAGAAAGUCGUAAAACUGAUGCUGAAUCAGAUGGAGCAAUACAAGUUUCACAAUUAAAUUUAGCAGAUUUUGCUGGUUCAGAAAGAGCAGGUCAAGCAGGUACUACUGGAGAACGUUUUAAAGAAGGUCGACUUAUUAAUUUGUCUCUUUCUGCAUUUGGAUUAGUAAUAAAGCAAUUAAGUGAAUCCCAAGAUACACAAAAACAUGUUAACUUUCGAGAUAGCAAAUUAACGAGAUUGUUACAAAAUUCAAUUGGUGGAAAUGCUAAGACUGCAAUAAUAUGCACAAUAACACCUGCUGCAUUAGAAGAGUCACAGUAUACGUUAUCAUUUGCGUCACGUGCCAAGAGGGUAGAAAAUAAACCACAAGUUAAUGAAGUUAUGUCUGAUGCGACACUUUUAAAACGUUAUGCCAAACAAAUUUCUAAACUCAACUGUGAAUUAGAGAAAAUUAAAAAAGAAAAAACUGAAGAACUGGAAAGCAGAUUGCACGAGAAAGAUCGCAUUAAUCAACUCUUGGAAGAACGAAUUGAAUUGUUAAAAACUAAAAUUGUAUCUGGGAAUAAUGCAAAUAACGAAGACACGUUUGGAUGUAGAUCUAAAAGAAGACGAACUUGGGCAGGACCUACAUUUAAACAAAAUGUAUCAAAUUUUCAACCAAGCCAAGGUCUGCCUACAAUCAAAGAAAUGUCACCGGUGAAACCUUGUAGAAAAAGUAUUAUUCAAAGUGUUGAUUUAAUGGAUCAAUCAUUCCAAAUAGCUUUUACGGAUUUUGAAUUAGAAUUAAUUAAUGAUGAAAAGGAUAGAGAUGAUGAUGAUUCCAUAGAUAGUGUCAAAGAAAUGUAUAUUACAAAAAAUAGACAUCAACAUCGAGUAACAUUCAUGGACGAUUUAAGCAUUUACAAACCUAAUUAUAAUAUUUAUGAGAGUACACCUAUAAAGAGAGAUAUUACACCAUCUCAGGCAAACGAUAUUCAAGAAGAUCAAUCUUUUACACCAAAAAAAGUAUUACGUGAAAGACUGUCAUAUCUACAAGAAGAAUUUGAUAAACUUUGUGAAUUUACAACAUUAGAAAAACAAUUGUAUAUUGAGAAUCAUCAAUGUAAUUCCGUAAAUGAAAAACAAGUUACGACAGAGCAAAAUUCAGAAUUGCAAGAACAAAUACUUAAUGUUACAACAGAGAAUAAUUUAUUAAAAAAUCUAAUAUCAGAAGUAUUAAAAUAUGCAACAAGUCCUACCAAUAUAAAUGCAGAAAGCAUAGAAAUGGAUUUGUUGGAUGAAACAACAUCACAAAUGUCAAGUAAAACAAUAUUGGAUAUACCUUUCAAAGAUAUUGAAGUUAAACAGGUAAUCGAUAAAUUGCAAAAUAAAAUAAUGAAAAGUAUAAAACAACAUGAAAUAAGAAAUUUAGAAAAGAUUUUCGAAUCGGACAUUCAAAUGUCGCAUCUUAAAUCGGAGAAUAAAGAAUUGAAAGAACAAAUAAUCUCUUUGAAACAAGAGAUAGAUGAACAAAAUGAAAAAGAACAAAUGUAUGAAAGUGAAUUUGAACAGAAUUUGAGUUGUAAAGAAAAUCCAUUAACUUUAAUAUCUGACAUUAAAGAAGAAUCUUCAAUAAUAAAAAAGAAAAGCAUGUUAUUAACUGACACUGAAGAAGCAAAUGUUGAAUUUGAAAGGAGUAUAUUAAAAUCUAAAGAAAUAGAAAAUAUAUUAGAACAGGGCAAACAAUUAAUAGAAUUCUCACCAAUAAAACCUCGUAGAUCAUUAGAACAAUUAAAUUCAACUAAUAAAACAUGUAAACAUGAAAUAUCAUCUGUUUUGAUUAAAGAAACGUUAAAUGAUAACAGUCAUAAAAUGUCAACUGAUGUACAACGAAAAAGAUCAUCAAUUUUGGAAGAAAAGGAAAAUAUCAUUGUUGAAAUGAACGAAGAAUACAAGAACGUUUCUGUUAAUGAACAAAUUGAUCAUGUUGAUGUUGAAAAUCUUUUCGUUAAAUUACGCAAUCAUUUGGAUAAUAUAGACAAAUGUGAAAUUGUCCAAUUACAUCAGUUGAAUGAAAUAUUUGUAUCGAAAGAUCAACAAUAUGUUUUGAGUGAAUUAAAUAAACAAAAAAUAGAAAAUGAUUACAACAAUAUAAGAAAUGUCAUUAACGAUAGUGUUCAUUUAAAAAGUCUGUUACAUGAUUUGGAUACAUUUGUUAAUUCCAUUAUGACAAAAAAUAAUAAAAUGAAAGAACAAUUGGAAAAACAAUUAAACUUUUUGACCGAAAGUUUUAACGAUAAUGUUGAUAACGAAGAACUUGUAGCAGAUUUAGAUAUGAAAACGCAAGAAUUAAGUGAGAUCAAAAGUGACGUGGUAAGCCUUAAAUUAGAUAUGAAAAAAUUACAAAGAACAAUAUUUCUAUUGACGGCUGAAAAUGAAGAAUUGUCUGCUAAAUUAAGCGCUGAAAAAAUAAGUAAAGCUGACUGUUCGAAAAUGAUUGAUGAUUUACAAGAACAAAUUUCCAAAAUGAACAAUGAAAAUAAAGAUAUGUUAAAUGAGAUCUUAAUUCUUAAUGAACAAAUUAAAUGUUUCCAAUUAGAAGGAGAAGAUACGAAGGAAAACAAAUGUCUUAAUUAUGAUAAAACGAUAUCAAAUAUUGAAGUGUCAAAUGAUAAUAAUGAAAAACCUGUAAAUGUAGACUGUAAAACUGAACAAAUUGAAUUGCAAACUAGUAUCAAUGAAACUACAAUACAUGAAGGAAAAAUGAUGAAAGAUGAUACCUCCUCAUUUGUAGAUGAAUUUUUAACGGAAAAUGAAUUAAAAUCAUCUCAAAAAAAAUGUGAAUUGAUGAAAUUAAAAGAAAAAGUAACAUUGUUAACGGAGGAACAUGUAAUAUCUCUUAAAAAAUCUUUGGAAACUUUAGAUAAUAAAUGUGAUGUUACAUUAAAUGUUACAAGUGAAGAAACGAAAGAUGAUAAGUUGAAUAUUUUAUUAACAAAAUGUACUACUUUGAAAGAGACAAUGGAUUAUCUUGUAAUAUUGAAUACAAAAUUAGCCGAUAUGAAAAUAAUUUUGUGCAAUCGGUGUGCUGAAAUGAAAGAAUUAAAUGAAAAUAAAAAGGAUAUUAAAUUGAAAACAAAAAUGUUAACCGUUAAAUUAGAAAAUAUGCAAGAAAAUUUCAAUCGAAAGUGCGCCAACAUUGAGCUACUGAAAAAUAAAGCUAACGAAGAUUCAUUUUUAAAUAUUUCUGAAACAUCUUUCGAUGGUUCUUCGUUGGAUGGAAUAAAUGUAACUUCAGUGGAAGAGGAAGUUUCUCUUUUGAAUAAAGAAAUGCAAAUAUUACAGGACGAUCAUGUGAAAUUAUCAUAUUUGUAUAAAGAAAAAUGUGAUGAAACUGAAAGACUUCGUAAUUCUAUUAUAACUGAAACUAAUGUUGUAUCUCCAUAUAAAAAGGAUACCAAAAAAGGCAAAUCUAAAAUUGACAAAUUACAAAAAGACAUUGAUUAUUGUAAAGUUGAUUUACAAGAAUUAAAGAAUAAAAUUAUUAAUGAUCUUAAAAAAUCAUUAAAUGAAAUAAAUAUGUUAAAAUCUGCCAACGAUGAAUUGUCCAAAAUAAUAUCAAAUCAAAAUGUAUUAUUGGAAACUAGCGAGAAAAAUGCCAAAUUAUUUGAAAAUGAAAUGACUAAUUUAAAUGUUCAAAUAGACAAUUAUAAAAUGGUACAAGAACAAGUGGAAAAUGAAAAAUCUAAUUUGAAACAAGAAAUAGAUAAUAUGAAAAUAAAUAUACAAGUAAAAGAAGACAUUGUAAAUGAUUUGAACAGAAUAAUCGAUGAAUAUAAAGAGAAAAAUGAUUGUUUAGAAAAAAAAUUGGAAAAUAUAGAAGAAAGCAUUGAAAUGAGUCGUCAAAUUUAUGAAGAUAAGUAUGAAAUACAUAAUACAUUGAAUAAUGAAAUUGACAAACUUAAGGAUGAUUUAAAUUCUGCCAAAGCUUGUAUUAUUAAUGAAAUGAAAUGUUUAAAACCCAUUGAAGAUAGUCAAAAUUACUUUGAUAAAUCUAUAAACAAUCUUUUACUUAUAUUCUUGGAAAUGGUUACUUCAAAGGAACAGGAAGUAAUUAAUGUCAUACAGGAACGAUUGUCUAUCGAUAAAGAAAAAUAUGAAAAUGAAAGACAACAAAGUAUACUAGCAGAAAAAUGUCUUCGAUUAAGGACAGAAGAACUCGAAUUGGAAGUAGAAAAAUUAAAAGAUGAUAUUAAAACACAAGAAAUAAAACAUUUGGAAUUAUUGAAUAAAAUGUCACUUAUGGAACAUACAUUGAAAGAAAAUAAUAAUGAAAAAGAGAUACUUAUGAAGAAAAUUCAAUCACUUCAAAUUGAUUAUAAUAACAUGCAAGAAGAAUUUAAUAAACAGUCAGCAAUAAAAAUACAACAAAGGGAAAUUGAUAUAAAUAAAAAAGAAGAAAUGGUAGAAACGAUACGAAUCAGGGAAGAAUAUAAAGACAAAAUCGAUAAUUUGUUAUCAACUUUGGAAAAGUAUAAAAUAAAUAAUGUUGAAUUAAUGAAAAAUGUAGAAAGUCUUGAAAAUAAUGAAAAAGAUUUAAAGAAUAUUCUUAAUAUGAGAACAGAUGAAUUAGAUAAGUGUAAUAAAAAUUUGGAAAAGAUAAACAAUGAUAUUGAACAACUUACAAAUAUCAAUGAUGAAUUAAAACGUGAAAUGGAAAACAAAGAUGCACACAUUUUAGAAAUUACCAAUUUGUUACAAAACAAAUCUGACAUGUUGCACGAAUAUAAAAUAGAAUUGGAAAGUUUAAGAAUAAACGAUGAAAAACAUUUGGAAAAUGUUGAGGAUUUGAAGGAAAAAUUAAAUUUAAAAAUAAUCAAAUAUGAAGAAUUAAAUAAACAAUGUAUUGAAUUGAAAAAUCAAAAUGUUAUUCUAUUUAAAGAAUUGGAUUCAUUGAAAGAACAAUAUAUUCAAUUAGAAGAAAAAAAUAUGAAAUUGGAACAGAAACUUCGAAACAGUAAUAGUAGAAUUAAAUUAGAAACGGAUAUGGAAGAAUUACUCGAACAGAAUAAAGCUUUACAAAAUAAUUUAGAUGGUGCUUACAAUUGUAUAGCAGAAUUGAAGGAUAAGAAAAAACAUUUGUUGGAAGAAUAUUUAAGUACAAAGGAACGAUAUGAAUCUUUGCUCGAUGAAAAUAAACAAAUGAUCAAAGAAAUAUUGUUGAAUAAAGAGAAAGAUAUAAAAUCUAUAAAUGAUCAGUGUGAAGAAUUAAAAGGUAAAAAUCAACAAUUGGAGGAAGAAAACAAAACAUUGAAAAAAGAUAAUGAAGAUUUAAAUGAAGAAAUAGAGGUAGUAAUAAAAGAAAACGAUGUUUUAACGGAAAAGGUAUAUUCGUAUUUUGGUGAUGAUAAUCCUAAAAUGUUAAAGGCUGAAAUAAAUACUUUAAAGGAAGAAAAUCAAAAGUUACAAGACAAACUUACAAAAUGUAGUAAUUGUGGAAUACUUCUAUCAAAAGAUCAAUUGAAAUGUAACAAAGAUAACAAUAAUGAUGAACUUGCAAAUCUGAAGAAACAAAUAAAAGAGUUAGAAUUCGAAUUGGUAUCUAAAAAUGGGCGAAUUGCUACAUUACAAUUACAAAUACAAGGAGGAAGUUUUCCAUAUCAGGAAAAAUGUAAAGACUUGGAAGAAAAUCUGUUGGCAUUUAAAAAUAAGAACAUUCAACUAGAAAGUGAAAUAAAGAAACUUAGACAUGCUAUGUGUGAAAUUGAUAUGAAAGAAUGUUACAAGUGCAAAAAUCAAUUUAUUAAUCAAAAAAGUCAAUAUGUUCAAACUAUACCAAUCAGUAAAAUACAAUUUUGUGGAACUAGUAGCGGUAUUGUUGAGAAUCACGUGCAAAUAGAAAAAUUAGAAAAAGAAAAAGCUUUCAUGAAACAAUUGUGUCGUUCACGGUGUAAGAAAAUAAAAGAACUUGAAAAGAAAUUAAUGGAACUUCAAAAUAUUGAAGAUUUAUCUGCAAAAACGAACAUUUAUCCUGAGGAUAGAUCGUGUGCCACGCCAAAGUAUUAAUUUAAUUAAAAACGAACUGAAAGUUUUUUUUUAAAAAA